AUGGGCGAGUACGAUCACUUGGGGGCGAUUCUCGAGCAGUCGUCCGCGACCAAGGUGUCGCUGUACCCCCGGGGGCUCGUGCUGAAAACCACGCGGUGGACUCAAGGCCCGAUCAUAGCCACGUUUUGGAAGCGCAUGCGGCAGACGUUGGCGCCGCCGCUACACAGCCACACGUUUUCGUUUGCGAGCUAUUGUCUCAACAACAGCGACUGGUUUGUGGUUGUGUACGUGGUGGCGGUGAUCCUAGAUGAGAACAACUCGAUAACAUACUCGCGACUCGUGUACCAGUGGAACAUUGAAGACGACAGACAAUCGGUGGAUCGCCAUUGA